AUAAGAAAUAGAACCCUGAAUCAUAUUAUUUUUCACACGAAAAUUCUUAUUUCUUAAUGCUCGAUUCGUAAAUACUACUUUCAUAGUUAUUAGUUUCGUUUCUAUACUGUUCAAAUUCUACACUAAACCUUAAUAUUGCAUAUGCAAUAUCAAAAUGGCAAUUUGGAGCUCACUAAAGCUUGCCGCACCUCUCAAAAAAUGUUUAAAUUUAAAUAAAAAUCACGUAUUAAAAAACUGUGAUUUAGUACCGGUUCGUAACAUGGGUGGACAUCAUACGAUGCUGAUUAAGGAGACACGUUGGCAAUGGACCAAAUUUAAGGAUUUACUUCAUUAUUACGUUCUGGUUGGUGUUAUUCCCAUAACACUUGUAAUUGCCUACACAAAUAUCUUUAUCGGACCAGCUAAAUUAGCUCCAAUACCAGAAGGCUAUAGACCUAAGCACUGGGAGUACCAUAAACAUCCAAUUACACGUUGGAUGGCACGUUACAUUUAUCCCAAUCCACAACAACAAUAUGAAAAAUACCUGCACACGCUUUAUGAAGAAGAUGAAAAAUUCAAAAUUAGAAUGUUAACAAAACAAAUUGAAGACGCGAUGAAAGAACGAUCAGACUACAAAGCUUUCUAUUACAGACCGAUAUCGGCCAAUUAUUACAGAGUUGGUAAAGAAAGUAUGGGUCGUGCUGCUGGCGAAGGUGUUGGUUUCGAUUAGUGUAUUGUGAUUAUUUAUAGUUAUUAAUAGUAAUUUGAUGAUGUAGGUAUAUAAAUUGUUUAUUGUAAAAUCCUAACAUAAUAUAAACCAUACUGUUUAUAGUUUCGCUUAGUUUUCUGUACAAAAUAUGUUAACUAAUCUAAGACACAAUAAAUCAACAGUUUUGCAAGA